UGAGCAGCUGGUUGCAGACCAGUUAAUGUCCUGCCCCUUUACUACUAGUUUAGUCUGUAACCACAACACCACAUCUAACAUCUCUUAUUAAAGAUGGGGGAGAGGUUGCAAAGCCAAAAAAGCUACAUUUGCUCAUUUUUUGAUUGUAAAGCUAAAUUCAGUAAGCCAUGGAAGCUCGAGGCUCAUCUUUGCAAACACACAGGAUUGAAACCCUUCUCCUGCGAGAGCUGUGACAAGAGCUUCUGCACUCGCUAUCAGCUCACCAGACAUGAGCUCAGUCACAGCAGGGAGAAACCACACAAGUGUGUGGCUGAUGGAUGCUCCGAGGCCUUCGUCACAAACAGCAGCAUGAAGAACCACAUGGCUCGAGUUCACCAGCACCAGGAGAGGAGAUAUCUGUGCGACCAGCCAGGCUGUGGGAAAGAUUUCAACAAGAGGAACCAGCUGAAAGCUCACCAGUGUGAUCACACACGGAUUCUACCUUUUCAAUGUUCUUUCAGUGGCUGCAAGAGAGAAUUUCCCUCACAUGGAAAACUGAAGCAUCAUGAGGGAGUGCAUGCAGGUUACCCCUGUGAGGAUGCAUCAUGCUCUUUUCAUGGAAAGACAUGGACAGAGUAUCUGAAGCACAGAAAUGAACACAAAGUCAAGGUCCAGUGUGGAGAGUGCAAGAAGCUGUUUAACAACACCUGGUUCUUGCGCCAGCAUGUGCUCCACGUCCACUCCAUGGAGAAGAGGGAGCUUUCGUGCCCCAGAGGAGGCUGUGAUAAGAAAUUCACUCGCCGAUUCAACCUGGAGAGCCAUGUGCUGGAGGACCAUGAGGGCAAGAAGCCCUUCAGCUGUGCUCACGCUGGCUGUGGGAAAAGUUUCGCCAUGAAGGAAAGCCUGUGGCGACAUGGAGUGGUGCAUGACCCAACAAAGAAAAAACUGAAGAAACUGCGUCCUAAAAAGAACCAGCCCUGGCGUGUAGCGGAGCGGCUCAUGCUGGCGGCUGCAGCCAAGAAAGCUGAGACGGACAGGCUGGCUGCAAAGCUGCGCCGCACAACUUUAAAGGAUUAACAGAUCACGAGGCUGCUGAGUAUAGAUCUCUGCUUGGGUGUUAAUGAAAAUAUGAUUUCUGUAAAUUUUGUUUGAUAUGCAAAAAUGAAAAUAAAGCCUCAUUAGUAAAGCA